UUCAAUACACAUAUACAUACGUUGUUUCGCAUACAUGCUGUGUAUGAAUUAACAGAACCUAUUUGAUUUUCCUCAUACAAACAGAAUAAAGUAAAGGAUGGAUGCAGAGGUACAGUACAAUUAUCUAGGAAAGACCGGUGUCAAGGUCUCAAAUAUUUGUCUUGGUACGAUGACCUUUGGAAAGCAAGAAGGCGGUCCAUUCAAUUUUUAUGAUUCACCAACACGUUCAACUGAGGAGAUAGCACACCAACUGAUGGACCGUUUUUUGGAGCUAGGUGGAAAUUUUGUAGACACUGCUGACAUGUACUGCGCAGGAACGUCUGAAACUAUUAUAGGAAAUUGGUUUCAAAGCAAUCACAAGAGAAAUCGUGUAAUCUUGGCGACAAAAGUAUACAAUCCAAAAGACAAAGAAUUAAACAAUAUUGGUUUAAGCAGGCGACAUAUCGUACAGGCUCUAGAAGGAAGUCAACAAAGACUGCAGACAGAUUAUAUUGACCUGUAUCAGGCCCAUGGUUGGGAUAAUGCUACCCCUAUUGAGGAAACAUUGCGCACUUUUGACGACCUUGUUCGCUGUGGUAAAAUUCACUACUACGGUUAUAGCAACCUGUGUGGCUGGCAGAUGCAACAGGUAGUUGAUUCAUCCAAAAGUCUCGGACUCCAGCCUUGUGUCACAUUGCAGCAACAGUAUAGUUUGUUACAUCGGGAUUCAGAGUGGGAACCGUUUAUGGUGUGUCAGAAUGAAGGCAUUGCUGUUCUACCAUGGAGCCCACUUAAAGGGGGGCUGUUGACCGGAAAAUUUAAAAAAGGAGAAACGCCGGAUGCUAGCAACAGUAGACUGGGAUAUAUGUACUCACAGAAGGCAGUAGGUCAGCUGGGUGCCUGGUCAGAAUAUUCCAACAAUGAAAAGUACUGGCAAAUCAUUGAGAUUCUCCGAGACAUCUCUGUGAAACAUAAUAAGACAGUGGCACAGAUUGCAUUGAAAUGGUUGCUACAGAAGGAUUGUGUGGCCUCGGUUGUCAUAGGUGCAACGUCCAUAAAUCAACUUGAAGAAAACAUGAAAGCUGGUGGUAAAUGGCAACUAACUGUUGAAGAGAUGGAGGAACUUGAUAAAGCAAGUCCUAACUACAAGCCGUAUCCUUACGAUAUGAUAUGGAAUGCCAGAAAUGCAGGACGAUAUAACCAGUUUCACGACAAGUCGGUUAAAGUUCCAAACACUUCCUUAUAAAUGCAUGCCGGAUAAAUAUACUGACAGUCUGUACGUUUGAUAUGCAUUGCAUUUACCCGGCACAUGAGUCCACUUCACCGAUGUAUGAGCAUUCUGGAGAUAUGCAUGAACGCUUAAUUUUGUAAUCUUUAUGUAAGCAUAUAUAUACGAGUUGCAAAAUCCCUGACUUUCAGUGUACACAGGCAUGAUGUACUCGUUACAAAGUCUAAACGACCCUUAACAGCACCAUAUCUGGGCCGCAAGCAUUUUAAAGUUUUCUCCGCUUGUUAGCUUUAUUUAUUGUCAAUUAAAGUUGUUAUUCAGCUUUGAUAUAUAAGUUAUAAUCACUUAGUUUAGCUUGACCCUUUAAUCUUGACAUCUCGUCAUCCUAGUUCAGCGACAAGAGCUUUAUCCGUUAGUCACCCGCUCAACUUUCUUCAGAUCUCAUUUCUGGUGCAAACCUUUAUGAAAAUCUGAUGUAGAUUAAGAAAACGGCUGUUCAUUUUUAAAAUUACAAUCUUGUACAUAUAAAUAGGAGGGUCUGGAAUAAAGGUAUGAUAAUAAAAAUA